AUGGACUACACCCUGCGCGAUGCGCAAAUUGUGAAAAACGUUGUGCAUGUGGGCACCAAAUUCAUUCCUUUCCGGGUCGGUACGAAGGUAACGUUUCACUAUGAGACGAGAAAGUGUGACGCCGAGCGAACAUUGAUCGACGAAAGCCGUACGCACCAGAAACCGAUGGAGCUGGUGCUUGGGAAGCAGUUUAAGCUCGAGGUGUGGGAAUCGAUCGUGCAGCAGAUGGGCGUACACGAGGUGGCUCGAUUUCGCUGUGACAAAUCACUUGUCGAGCAGUACCCGUUCGUGUCGAAAACGAUCCGAGACGCACAGAAGCAACCGAAGGGAGGGAAGAGAAAGCAUUGUUGUGGACUUACCUUUCAGAACGAGGGCACCGGCUAUCGGGAUCUGGAUGAGCUGUUCAUUCACCCGCAGGAUCUCGAGUUCACGAUCGAGAUCCUAUCGAUUGAAACCCCAGACGAGUACGGAAAGGAAGCGUGGCAGCUGAGUGAUGACGAAAAGCGAACACUUGUUGGUCGAUUGCGUGAACAAGGGAAUGUCGCAUAUCGGGCAAACAAUCUGACCGCGGCACGGGAUGCUUACUCGUACGCAAUCGGUAUCAUCGAACAGCUGAUGCUCAAGGAGAAGCCCAACGAACCGGAAUGGAUCGAGCUGGCCCAGAUGAAGGCGCCGUUGCUGUUGAACUUCUCACAAUGCAAACUGCUAGAGCAGGAUUACUACUCCGUUAUCGAGCAUUGUACGGAGGUACUCAAGUACGAUCCACAGUGCGUUAAGGGCCUGUUCCGACGCGGAAAAGCACACGCCGCUGUCUGCAACUAUUAG